ACGUCAAAUUUUUUCACAUAUGCCAUCUAUUCAAACGUUGCAUUUAGCGCUUCAGAAAAUACCAGUCUCCGCAGGUUUGAACACUUUUAUUUUGAGACAUUUGGAAUCUAUAGCUCCAAAGAUGUCAGUGAAAAAUAAAGUGUGCAUUCUUAUGUGGGACGAGGUAUCUAUUCAACCCAAGAUCACAUAUGAUAACCGUAAGGAUAUCAUAUGUGGACUUGAGGAUUGGGGCAAUAAUCGCACCGGAAAGAUGGCUGAUCACGUUUUGGUAUUUAUGCUUCGCGGAUUAUACACGGGCUGGAAGAUGCCCAUUUCUUAUAAUUUUUGUUGCAAACAAACAAAUACAGCGCAAUUAGUACGUUGUAUUAAAGAACAUGUUUCCAAAAUUAACGAUCUAGGCUUUCACAUCGUUGCAACAGUUUGUGACCAGGGAUCUUCGAACAUGGCUGCAAUAAAGGAACUGCUACUGCGUACGGACAUGAAACGCAAGUCUUCUGAAAGAACUCAGAGUCAAACGUUUGAAGUGGGGCAAUAUGUAAUUGUUCCCUUAUAUGACGGACCACAUCUCAUCAAAGGCGUGAGGAAUAACUUAUUAACAAAGGACUUAGCGAUGAGCUGCGAGAAUGGCGUAUCAGCGAAAAUUGCAUCGUGGGACAUAAUUAAGACUGCGUGGAUUAUGGACAGAGAGACACACAAAAUUCGACCGCAAUUAAAAAAAAUUAAAUGUGAGCACAUUAUGGAGGAUAAAAUUAAGAAAAUGCGUGUGAAAUAUGCCGUUCAAGUGUUAAGUGGUACAAUGGCAAGCUGCAUUGAAACAUUGGCCACAUCAAAUUGUGUUGUUCGCCACGAAGAUAAGGACUUAAAAAUAGAGGAAAACGAAGGACUUGCCACCGCGGAAAGUGUUAACUUUUUCAACGAUUUAUUUGACAGUGUGAAUGGAAGUGAUAAAGAGUGUGUUGAAGACAAUGACCUGCGACAAGCGGUGAGUGAAACAAGUGUUCAUCAUGUUUUCUGGGUAAGUGCAAAACGUAUAUUACGCGAAAUGAAAUAUGUUGAUAAGAUUUCACGUGAAAUUAUUAAGAAUGUGCCAACUGUUACAAACUGGAAAUUCACUAUAGACGGGUUUCAAAAAUUAUGAGAUAUUUUACAUUCACAAUUUGGUUUUCAUAAAUUAAAUGCUCGAUAUUGUAAUCAAGAUCCGCUAGAAAAUUUUUUUGGUCAAAUUAGAAGUCACGCGGUUCGUCAUAUUAACCCCACUCCUUCACAGUUUGAAGAGUCGUACAUCACUCUAUUACUAAGCAACAUGAAGUCAGUAUCUAUAGUUGGCGGUAAUUGCGAGGCCGUUGAUGAUAACUCUAUGUUGUUAUCAUUAGAAGAGUGUUUGAAAGGUGACUUUUCAGACGUGGAAGUGCAUGAUGUCGCUCGCAAUGACAAUGGCGAUGAUGAAGUGCAUGAUUUUAUAUCGAAUAAUACAGUAGAUAAUAGUAUUUCCGCGUCAUUUUCAGCUUAUUCUCGCGUAAUGAUAAUUUCAAUUCUAAAAAAAGUUAACAAUUGCUCGGAAUGCGAAUCAUGUUUCAAAAAUAGUGAAUUUUUUGUUUGCGCGAAACAAAUAGUCAAUCGAGUUUUUAAAUUGUUAAAAACGAGAAGUAAUAGGCGAAACAUUGCGAAAGAUUUUAUACAACAUUUUAAAGAAUGGAAUAGGAAUAUGAGUUGGCAUGAGUGUAUUGAGCAUAGUGAUAAAAUAUUUGAUAUUAUGAUUCACGUAAUUAUUGUUCAAUGUAUUAUU